AUGGCGGACAAUAUAUCUGCGGAACAUUCCGCUCCUUUGGAACCAGAUUCAAGCGAAAAUGCGCCUUUGUUACAGGAACAAGAAGAUCAACCGGUAAACCUGGGACCUCCUCCUCCAUUUGUAGCAAGUGAGUAAAUUUUUUUUGUCACGAUAAGUUAAAGUUUUCUUCGUUGAUUUGGAGAAAACUUUCCCUAUCGCCUGAUCGAUCGCUUCAGUGUUUACUUUCGACCUGUGUUGCGAAAUAUGUGUAGUUUGGAACCUAGCGUUUUGCGUCAAUUUCUUCUACACUUCUGCUCGUUAAAUUAUUGAAAGAAAAAUAUAUGAAGAAAGUAGUGCAAUUUUUUUACUACUUUUGGUAAAUGUUCACGAAAUGUUGUGUGAUCGAAUGUUAUAACACAUUCGCAUAGGUUUCGCUUGAGAGUGAAACCUGUAGGCUUAAUAACCUAGCUAUCUUUGUUUUUGGCCUGCAAAGUUGUUUUUAUAGCAUUAAAGCCAUUAAGACAGCGAUUUUUCAAACAGUCACGUCCCUUCUUAUAUUGUUGAACAGUUUUUCCUGUGCCCGUAGUGGAAAACGCGAGAUAAACCUUGUAGUGCAAGCUUAGAAUUUCUUGAAUUUAUCGUCGACGUGCGUUUAUACGACAAUCUUGUAUUUCAGUCUUACUUAUAAUAAAAAGUUAUUUGGGACAGACAUUAGUCCUUGGUAGUUUUUAGUAUUUAAUAGCAUAUGUGUUUGUCUCUUGAAAUUCAUUCCAAAGUUGGUUUUUACUAGCAAGUACAUUAUUUUUAUGUGACUGUUUGGGUUGAAUGCACAGGUCUUCCGUGUUUUUUCUGAAGUCUGAAAUAUAAUUUUUUUUCAUCUGUACACUGAACGUGUUUAUUUAACUGUUGAUACGUUUUUGUUAGUCUGUGAAAAUUAUGAUUAAUAUGCUUUUUCACAUAAAUUGACGAUUUUAGUAAUAUUUUGUAUGGCGUACUUAUUCUGUACACAUUAAUUCCCAUCUAUACAAAGUGAAUAGCAUGAUAUUGGUUUUGUGGAGAAACAAUUUAAAUAAAUACUCAGUCAAAGAGAACUAAAAAGCUGUGUUAUUAAAUGCGGAAAAUGAUAUGUGCAUAAGAUUAACGAUUGUCCACAUUCCUACAUGUAGUGCAGUAGCAAACUUUUAUAGGCGUAGUUAUGUUGCUGUUGAAAACCACAAGUACCUGGUAAAAUCCAGCCAGGUCUGAAAAUUGCAGCACUGACUGCAGUGUGCCAUGUAUUUGUAAUUUGGUGUGCCAAAAUUGACACUUCAGGUUUGAUCCAACUCUGAAUGUUUGGAUGGCUUUCACAAAUUACAGUUUCUAAACGUUAGAGACUACAAAGUGCAAUUUUCAGUUUUACAUGGUAUCGAUGUUUAUUAGGUUGUAGGUAAAAUUUGUUCUCAUUUUGAAAUGUUAGUCAUUCAUUCAGAACCCUAGCAAGUAGCUACAAUCUUGGACAAAACUGUUGAGAAAAUUGCAUACUUGGGGGUCAUUUUUUCUAAACUUCGUAGCCGACCGAUUUUUCCCUCCCCCCCUCCCCCUGGAAGCUGUGUUGUUGGGUCUUCAAAAGAAAGCUGGAUCCCUAAGCAUUUGUAGGAAGCAACUUUGAACUGGGGGAGGGAGUUUUCUUUAAGCAAAGCCGUUGAUUUGGAAAUAGAUUUGUUGCAUUAGGUAGUGCGCAUUCAUGAAAACAUUUUCUCAAGUAGUUUUGUCCAGGAUUGUAGCCCUAGAAGGUGGAAUACUUGGCUACUUACAUUUACACAGGAAAACCAGAAAUUCUGAAGUUCACACCAUUCUGUCAAUCUUGUUUUCUCUCUUCAAACUGGUUUUUCUACAGUAGUGCAGCAUCCAUUUAUUGAUAAACUGAUGGCUAUAACUGAGAUGUCUGUACCAAGCACAUGGCUAUUAGACCUGAGUAGGUAACUGUGUCCUAGCAGCAUGUAGCACAUGCUCAAAAAGGGUCAAACAGGAUCAAACAGUCUUUCUCGAGCUUAAACAGAAAAAGGCUCUGUUGACAGGGUGACUUAAAAUUUUAUUUUCUUUCCAGGCACAGCUCCUCCUGCUCCCGGUACACCCCCACCAGCCUAUUCUGAGAUGCCACCACCGUAUACCCCUCCGUUUUCAGUGAACACUGAACCGUCAGUGAUCUGCCGUGUUUGUCAACAGCUUAUCUACAUAAGAGGAAGGGAACAUCAGCGUGUGGUAAAGUGUGGAAACUGUCAAGAGGCCACGGUAAGUACACAUGCAGGAACUUUUAGUUUUACUGUAAAAAUUCAAAUUUCUAUCAGACAUUCCCACUUAUAAUAUUAUAUAAAUUGCAGACUGUUGUCAUUUCCCAAGUUUUGAUAAUGUCAAACACCUUAAGGGGAAAGAAUUCUGUUGAUUGCUGUCAUAGCUUGUUUAUGGAAUGGGCAAAACUUUCAACUUUGUGGAAAGAGAACAUGGCAUACUCCCACAGCUUCAAAAUUAAAAGAACAAAUUCUUGACCACUAAAAAAAAUGAUGAAGGGUUAUCCCCAAACUGUUUACUCCUACACAAUGUUGUGAAGGGAGCCAAAAAACUCUUAUUAAAAAAAGACAUUAAAAAAUCACAUUAGAGUGUAGAGAGUUUGUUAAAUAUUUAGGGGUUCUGAUGGACUACAAACUUUCUUGGAAUAACCACAUUGACACAGUUCUUUUAAAAAUCAGUAGAAGUGUUGGGCUAUUAUCGAAACUGCGACAUUUAUUAUUUUUGUUCCCUUUAGCACACUUAUUUUCAUUUGUCACUCUCUGAUAGCACCCUAUCUUCAAUACGGUCUAAUUGCAUGGGGUCAAGCAAGCAAGUCACAACUAAACAAACUUCUAGUCCUUCAGAAACGUGCUCUUCGCUUUAUUCACUUUGCUAAACCACGUGAUCAUGCCAUUCCUCUCUUUAUCAAUAGAAAAAUAUUACCAAUUAACUUUCUCUAUUAUCAGCUACUAGCAGAAACAAUGUCUGAUGUGAGAAACAACUUAGUACCAACAAACAUUCAGGAAUUGUUCCUUCCACUUUCUCGUGUUCAUUCAUACGGCACUAGGUCAUCUACAACUGUACAUCUCAAAACUUUUAUAUAAAGAAUCGAAUCUUGAAAUCCCAAAAAAUUCUUUCUCGAGACUUGGUGCCAAAUUAUGGAAUGAGAUACUGACCAAGUUGUGCACACUUUUAAAACACAAAUUCAAAUUUAAUAUUUGUGCAUCAUUGCUUGAUAUACUGGAGACUGGCAAAUCUUAUAAUGAAAGAGAUGAAAUUAUUCCUAAAAUGAAAAAAGCAGAACCAAUUUUUUUGUAAUCCUGCCCAUAAUACAGCAAGCUAAUGUUUUACUUUCUUUUCCUCCUUAUAGUUUUAAAUGCAUCUUUUUCAUAUGUUUUUCUUCGUAAGAUUAUAAUAAUUUUUGCAAUUAGUAAACCGCUCCAUAUUUGUUUGAAAACUGAUGAAUCUCUCUUGCUUUCUAUGUUUUUUUUUUACCUUAAUUUAAUUGCAGUUAUUUUCUUUUCGUAUCAUUCUUGGCCCACCUAGACUAGCUACAGAUAUUUGCCGUGCCAGGACACUUGUACUUUGUGAUAAAUGUUAAUGCUUAAAACUUUGAUUCUGAACUCUUUUAUAGCCUAUAAAACCUCCACCUGCUGGCAAGAAGUACAUACGAUGUCCUUGUAAUGCCCUGCUCACAUGCAAAGUCUCUUCUGUUAGAAUAUCUUGUCCAAGAGCCAACUGGUGAGUACCUAUUAACAUCAACUUGUUCUCAGUGCUCAGAAUGUCGAUAGACAUGCAAUAUUUUUUUUUUUUAAGAAAAAAGGUUACAAGGUGAAGGAACAGCUUUGUUUAUGGUGGAAGUGCUCUUACAGUAGCUUUUCCAGCCAGUUUACAGGCAACCUUACAGUCCUGAUGAACCCUUUAAGCCCCAAGAUCCACAUGCAAAUUCUCCAGACUGAUCUCCAUACAUUUCUUUUAAGAAAAGUUGAGAGAAUAUGGUUUAAGAUUAAAGCAUUCUCCAUUAAUUUUGGUAAUCAGUUUAAUAAUUCUCAUAACCAAUACUCUUGAUGAUCUGCCGAUGUUGUUAGGAGAAAAUUGAUGUUGGUCACUCUUGUAAAGAGGCCCUGUUAGGGUAAAAUUCCAACAAGCAACAUGGCCUUGAAACAGCAACAUACAAGACUAGAUAAAAUGGGGACAAACAACAUAAAGAUGGGAUAAUACCCACGAGGACAUUGCUGUCUCCUAAAAAUGGGAAAUGACUGUAUUAACAAUUCAGACCAGGGACAUUAACCCCCUUUAAGAGGGCCUCAGUAAAUACCCAAAGUCAGUGGCAGGGUGCAAGAAGUUGGGUACCGUAUCUACUCUAAUAAGCUCUGCGGUGCUCAAGAGCAGUGCUUAUUCCAGGGCGGUGCUUAUUUGAAAGUUAUUGAAAGUUGGACUUGAUUACUGAUAAGGGGCAAUAAAAUUGAUGUCUUUUGAUUUGAUUAUAUCAGGGCUGCGGUGCUUAUUUUUGGGCAGUGCUUAUUUUCUUUUUUCUCCCAAAUGCGGGGCUUAAUCGUGGGCAGUGCUUAUUCAAGUAAAUACAUUUUGUACAUUAUCUGCAAAAAGGACGUGAGAUUUAAACAUGGGAUGACUGAGAAACAAAUCCAGAUAGGAGUUUGAGGGGGGACUUAAUCCUGGCUCCACUGGAUUGCAUGCCCGACAUGCUGAACACUCCUCCAUGCUGCAUCCAUUUUCGCUAACUAGUCGCAAUCUGUGGAACAAACUGUGGAAAGGUCCAUUUAGGUAUUAUUAAUAAUAUUAUCAUUUUCCUUUUAAUCUUUAGCAAGCGAAUAAUAAAUCUUGCUCCAGCUCCAAGUGUGCCUGCAACAGUGACUUUGCCCUCUGUGCAUACUACCCAGUUUCGAGUCACUUGUGGCCACUGUAAUGAAAUCUUUGUGGUAUGUUCAAACUCUUCUGCACGCAUGUACAUGUAUGUUAGAUACAACUCCUUAGCCCAUAUUCUGCCAAAAUAUUUUUUAAAAAUGUUUUAAAAGUUAAAAAUCCACAUGGAACUCUUAACUUCAUUUUUUUGGAAAAAUCCUAAGAACAAAUUUUGUUAAAUUAUGUAGUAAAUUAAUGUUUUAAAGAAAUAACUCUGCUGCUGUACUAACUUUUAUAUCAAGGUUUCUUAGUGGCAUUAUCUUUUAAACAGCCGCAAGGAAUUGCCAUUCAUUUACAUCUAUAAGAUCAAUGUGCCCUGAAAAAAAAAUUAAUAAUAAAGAAAGCCCAUAGCUCUCAGCCUGUGAAAAGAGGGUUCCUGGAGCAUUUUGAAAUUUUCUGGUCUCCCAGUGGCAAGCAGACAUCUAUGUGCUGUAAAACAUGGCUUUGUACUAGCCUUGUAGCUUGAUAAAUCUUUGUAUUCAUUAAUUUAUCAGAAGUACAAUAUUUUAUCAACUGAAGAUUUGACUCUAGGCAUUUUAUUACCAUAAAGUUUCAUACUACACAAUGGUGUAACACUCUUCAGAUAAAAAUAAUAGCCUAAUGGUACAGCUGUAGAUUACAACGGUAUGCUGAUUAUAACUGAAAUUUAAAAUGCGGUUACUAAGGAUACAACAUUUCUGUCGGUCCUAUUAUGUUUAAUAACAGAAGUGGACUUGAAAUUUUUCAAGAGAAAUAUGUAUGCUAGCAUGUCUACACAAAGAUAAUUAUAUGUGGAAAAAAUCAUUUAUUUUUGUUACAUUAAAUGGCUUAAUUUUACUUUUUCUAUUAUUCACUUCACCAGUUUCACACAACAAAUCACCUGGCUAGAUGCCCUCAUUGCCGACGAAUGUGAGUAAAAUAAUUAUUUAACAAUUAUCGAAUGAGACUGAGUAUCAUCAUUCUGAAGAAUUAUGGAGAGGCUUCGGCUGAUGAUGUCCUUGAGAUCCCCAUAAUUCUUCAGACAAUAUGUUUUAUUACUCAUUCAAAAUAAUGUGUAGUUUAAAAACAAGCUGAAACAGUCAUGCUUACCUCCUUCCAUGUUAAGUUCAACUUUGAUAGUGCAUGUUCUUGCUAUGUUUUUAGCCAGUAGUUUGCCUAAUUCUUCCUCAUGAAGCAAGUGAAAUGUUCCGCCAUUUUUGUACCCACUAGCAAAACAACUCAACCUCAGCCCUAGGUCUUCUCAGUUAACUGCUCAAUAAUCUGGCAGUUUUGCUUUAUUGUUGACGUCAUUUUUAACAUCUCGCGAAAUUCUUCCAAGUUUAGUCAACAAUAGCUGGUUAUGAUGAAUUAUGUUUGGGAUUUCAGGCAGUCAGAAACUGAGAAAUAUUUCUAAUGAAUAAUAAAAAUAAUUAUUAUUUUCUUGUAAGGAAUUUGGAAGAUAUCUCUAUUUUGAUCACUGACAGAUGAACUAAUUGUUGUUGAUAUUCAAUUGUACAAGUCUGGAUUUCUAUCACCAUUAUAAUUGGUUUACAGUUUUUCAAGUGGUAAUUUUUAUUUCUCUCUACCUCAGAUCAUCUGUUGGGCCUCGUUUUGCCAAGACACGUGCUAUGAUAUUCGCCGUCAUUGGGUUCAUAUUUUUAGCUGCUGGAAUUGGGGUGACUGUAGGGACGCUAGACUUGGCUGAAAAAUCAGGAGGUAAGGACUAACAUAACCCUCCCCCAUAAUCACGUACACUUUCAUCUUUCAAGAUUAGCGAAGUUGGUUAGUGGGCGGCCUUCUGUGUGGUAGGUCCCGAGUUCCAAUUCCAGGUGUGACCUCAAGUCCUCCUUUCACCUUCUUUCCUCUCCUUGUAGCUUUUAGUAGCUUUAAGUACCUAUACAAUGGAGCGCUGAUGAAGACAGGGGUAAAAAUAAUGAGUGUGCCAUCGGCCUCAGAUUUGCUAGUCGGAUGACUAUUUCAAGCUACCCAACAUAAAAUUCUCUUUUUUUCACUUUUUGCAUAUUUUCUUUGUCUCCAUUAUUUUUAACAGAGAUACAUUGAAAAUAUAUAACCUGUUGCAUGAAAGUACUAAUAAUAUUGGGGACACUACUGGAGAUGGGGCCGCCAUUUUACAUGGUCAUCUGAGCCACGCAAAGGUCUAGCUGUUUGCAGGGCAAAGGCAGUACCUCCAUUUCCCAGUUAUUUUAAGACCCAGAGUAUUGGUCGAGCUACAGGAAUCAAACUCGCGACUUCCCGCUCUGCAAUCAAGCGCUCUAUCAACUGAGCCAAUCCUGCCACAGAUUGGUUUUCAGGGGUUCAGCCAAUAAACUCUUACCACUGGAAAACCAGUGUGGCUGUUCUUCAAACUCUAAAGCAAUAACUACACUUGUAAUGAAGUAAAAUUCAUCAUGACACUUUAAAAGAGAUUACAGUCAACUCUCUGUUAUUGGACACCUCUAUAAAAUGGACACCUUGCUAAAAUGGGCACCUUGAGUUGGUUCCUGCCUUGCUUUACUAGUUUUUUUAUUUGACUCUCUGUAAGAUGGACAUCUGUCUAAGAUGGCCAUUUAUUGCCAGCCCCAAAGGUGUUCGUUAUAGCCAGAGUUGACUGCAGCAGAACGUGGCAUUUUCCAACAAACACUGUUUUGUUUAUGUCUGUGUAGGCUAGCUCUGCUAGCGUUCUUUAGUGUGUAUAUUGAAAGAAGAAUAAAACUCUAAUACAUUGAUCACUGCUUUGAUUGUAAUAGGUAUCUAUGUGGUGUGGAUUGGAGCCUUUGUUGCUGGUAUUCUUAAUCUAAUCAGGAGCUGCUACUACUGUACACUGACUGUCAGUUCAAUUGAAGGAGAGCCAUAAUGACUAUCUGAUAAAGGUGAAGAACAAAAAACAGCAUGUUUUUGCAUGCAAACUAAAAUACACUGAAACGACGUACUUUAGUGGAACAAGCCCAACUAACUCACUUUUAUCAAUGUCUCUCCAUGAAUAUAAUGAGCUGUGAAUAAAGGAAACGGUUACUAAGUUUAACCCUUAUUAAAGUCUCCAGAGUGAUCAACAUACGUUUUCUCCUAACAAAGUCAAUAAAAUCAACAAGAGAAAAGGUUUUGAGAGUUAAUAACAUGAUCACCUUUUUUAAAGAUAAGAGUUGUUUGAUCUUUUAUCAAAUUCUCUCAACUUAUUCUUAAAGAAAAUGUAUGGAGUUCAGUCUAGAGAAUUUGUCUGUGGAUAUUGGAACUUAAAGGGUUCAGCACUGAGUUCUUUAUUUCUUCUUAGUAGCCCAAAAAAUCAUCCAAAAACCUAAAUUUCUUUUUGUAAAAUCAUAAGAAGUAAACAGUACCAUGUAAAAGUACUGGUGAAGAGGUGCCAUUUGAAUGGUAACGCUAUAGGUUUUUAUCAACACAGGCAAAAGGUAAUGACAAAUAAUCUCACCAUAGCUUGCCAGUCUAGAAGUAAAAGGGUUCAAAGUUACCAUAUUGAAAAUUACCAUAAUAAUUAAUUUUUUUAGAGUCUUUUUUUUUUCUUCCUCCUUCAUUACAUAACAAGAACCAAAACAUUCAUGUUUAUAUUGUAUGUUAUAAUUUUGCAGUUAAACAUUUUUUUAAUACGGGCACCAUAGGUCUCUAUUUUCAAGGUCCAUACUGUAGGUUUUUUGUACAGUAGAGAUUUUAUAUACGGUAGUAGUUUUGGACUUUACCCUUGUAAGUCCUAAGAGUUUCCAAUGUCAACUUUCUCUUAGCAAUGUCAAUGUACAGCUAUUUUGAGAAGAGUUGUCAGAAAAAAAUGUGCACGCAACAAUUCCAAAAGGUAAUAUGAGAUAAUUUAUGAUCAAUACACUGUUCCUAACGACUGUAGCUGUCAAACCUACUAUUGUUACUUCUUCUUUAGCACUCGCAAACAUAUGUCUGUGGCCUGCUGUGCCAUUCUUUCAAUUUUCUUUGAAGAACAGCGCACUCAAAACCACCCACAAUCCCUUUCGGGAUUGUCACGUGCACUUUUUGCGGCACCAUUUCUGGAAGUAGCUGUGUAUAAUCAAGAGGAAAGGUUCUCCCUAUAGAAAAUGUGUUGAUCGUUUGUCAAAUUCUCACAACAAAUUCUUUACAGAAACGUAUGGAGGUCAGUUUGGAGAAUUUGUAUCUGGAUUGUGGGAUUUAAAGGGUUAAAGAAUUGCGUGACAUGUCAACUUAAAUAAUUAGCAAAACACUAGUAGACUGGGGUGCUCUUAUUAAAUAAGAAACAAAUUUGGUUGGAGUUUGUCCACAAGGAGUGGUUGGAUCAAACUUCGUUAAGUGCAAAAAUUAACAGCAAAAUAGCAGAGAGGCUGAAAAUCGAAAAACUAAAGUUAAAAUUUUGUUAUUAAUAUGAAUAAAACUAAAAUGUUAACAGCAUUAUUAGAAUGUACAUGUACUACUAAUUGCUUUCCUUUACUAUUACUGUAUUUUAGUAUUUGUCCAAGUGCCUAAUGCUUUUAGACUGAGGUUUUAGAUUAUAAAGAUAAAAGUAUAAACAAAAGUCACAGAUACAAAGACCUGUGAACAACCAGUUUAGGUUCUUUAAUGUUGACUCAGAGCCCAGAAAAUUGUUAAAA